AUGCAUCUCUUCUCCGCACCCAUCGCUAUUAUACUGCUCGUCAGCGCCGAAACCGUUCACGGUGGCAGCAGAUCUUGGGAGUCUAAGGCCCCGAACCAGCGGGCAAAUCCAACACCGUAUUACGAGGACCUGCUUACGUUGAACUCAACGUCCACACUGGUCAAGCGUGCCAUGUCUAUCAAAAGCUCGCCAGGAGAUAACUCAGUGGCACGUAUCUGGCCCAAUAAAGAGAUCAGAUGGUGCUUUGAAGAACCCCCAAGUCCUUCAUUCAGAGGUCAGUGGGAGACCGCCUUGAAAUCAUGGCCUGGACUUCUCAGACAUGAUUUCACCUACAAAGAAGUUGACGAUGAUGUCUGCAAAUCCGAAUCCGAACGCAGCUCCGUGCUGCAUGUUCGUUAUAACAACCGGGGCGUCUUAAAGUCGACAAACGGCAUUCCCGCCAUUGAUGCGGCCGCGGAUAAGUCAGAUCCCGACACCAUCUUGGGACCCUACACAAUGCUUUCUGACAAAGAGGGCGUCGGUCAAGGCGACGUAGUUGCCAAUAUGGCCCACGAAAUCGGACAUAUCUGGGGUCUCCAUCACGAACAUCAAAUUCCUUACUACUGGGAAAAGAGUUUGGAACACACAUUUGACCAAUGGAACUUUCCCGAGGAAAACCCGGGCCGAGUCAAGCGAUUCCAGACUAACGGCUUCAUCUGCUCAAAUCUCAAAGACUACGACGAUAUAUACGGUGGCUUGGAAGCCAAGGUCAACGCUGCUACAGGAAAUGUGAAAAAGGACUUGCAGGCCGAUCUCGACCGUCUCUGCAAAUCUCGAGUGGUAGCUUCAACGUACAAGUUCAGUGCUGUCGAAUGGCUUCCAUUAGAACACACCGCCAAUUUGGUUAUAGACAGUGAUUUUGACCCGAAGUCAAUCAUGCUGUACCCCUCAAAUGCUGGCGGCAAGGGAGGCUUUGGAGACGAUCGGGAGGACGUCAUGAAGUACAGUGACGAUACGGUCAUCCCGCCACGCUGGUGGCCCAGCCCCAUGGAUUAUGAGCGUCUCAUCAAGCUAUAUGGUUCACCAGCACUAUCCACACUGGAAGUUCCGCAUACUUCGAAAUCAAGCCCGAAUUUCAACCUGUUCAAGAAAUCCAGUUACAGCAACUUCAGGAAACGAGCUGGCGAUACGAAGGACGGGGUGUGUUAG